AACUUUACCAGAUCCACACACCGCGCCGGUGACUUUACAACACUGCCGCCAGCCGUGCCCCAAUCGUCGAUCAGUGCGGCGGCGAUCAGCAAUCAGCCCGCGCACCGUGCCAUGUGCUAGUCCCCGUGUGCUCAGAGUGUAAACAAGAAGGUGCCCGAUCCUGCAGGUGAAAAAAAGAAGAAAAAAACUGUUUCUUUCAAUCCCCGUUUUACCGACAGGAGUGAAGUGUUCUGGAUAUUUUGAAUUCUUCUCCAACUUUCUGCUCAACUUGCCGGUUCUUUUCAGUAUACCGCUCUCGAGAAAUACUACUGUAUAGUGAAAAAUGGUCAGACGAAGAUUGGAAAUAGAGGAUCCGGGGCGAGCAGAGCGGAGGGCUAAAAGGAUGUGUCGAAUCAAAACAGCAGUUGUCAUAUUUGUCAUACUAAUUUUGCUCUUCGUUUAUCUCGGGGUUGCCUACUUCGAUGCUAUCUCAGCGUGGAUAAAAUCGUCAGAUGGAAGUUCGGAGGAGAUCAUCGCCCCCUCGGCAUCGCUAGAGCAAAACUUCAAAAAAUUCUCCGUCUGCACGGACGCGCCGCCCUGUUCGACAGUUGGCAAGGAUAUCCUGGAGAAGAACGGGUCUGCUGUAGAUGCUGCGAUUGCGUCAAUGUUAUGCAACGGGAUCUACAACGCGCAUAGCACUGGAAUCGGAGGGGGUUUCCAAAUGCUCAUUUACAGCAGAGAAACACGAAAUAUCUCUAUUCUCGACGCAAGAGAGGUUGCUCCUCUUCUCUCUAAUAAAACUAUGUUUGAAAAUCAAACCGGGAAGUCUAGAAGUGGCGCUCUUGCGAGUGGAGUUCCCGGAGAGAUGGCCGGCUAUUGGGAAGCAUGGAGUAGUUUCGGGAAACUGAAAUGGGCCGAAUUGUUUGCUCCGGCUUUGGAAAUGUGUGAAACAGGUUACAAGAUCUCUCAAAGCCAAGUCGACGCCUUCACUUUCAAUGAAACGUCAUUCAGAAGAAAUGUUUUCCUCGUAGAUCAAUUUGUAGAUCCUGAAACGAACAAAUUCAAGCCAGUGGGAACGCUUGUGACUCCCAAUCAAAAGCUGUGCGAAACUCUCAAAAUAGUGGCGGAAGAGACGCCGAAAGUAUUUUACAACGGCCGCUUGGGUCAAGCCUUUGUCGAGGAUGUUCAAAGUAUGGGAGGAAUUAUUACUAUGGAAGACUUGAAUAAAUAUUCUGUAGAAUGGAGAGAUCCUGUCAAAGUCACACUGCACAACAAUGAGACGGUUUUCAGCACUCCGCCACCGGGAAAUGGUUUACUUCUCGUUCAUAUUUUGAAGAUAAUGGACAUGUACAGGCUUUCAGCGGCAGAUUUAAAAAAUAGAGAUGCAAGGAUCAAAACGUUUCACAGGAUAAUAGAAGCUUUUAAGUUCGCUUUUGCGAAACGAACCAAAUUAGGCGAUCCAAAAUUCAUAAACGUGACGCAGCUUCUGACGGAUCUGCAAUCCGAUGAAUACGCUAAUGAGACAUUCCAUCAAAUUCGGGAUGAUAAGACGUUCGAUGAUCCUCAGCAUUAUGGAGCCACGCUUGCGAGCAAAGAUGACGCAGGGACUGCGCACAUCAGUAUUCUUGCACCCAACGGAGAUGCCGUCUCUGUCACGUCAACCGUCAAUCUUUAUUUUGGUGCUCAAGUCACAUCAUCACAGACAGGAAUACUUCUUAACAGUGGAAUGGAUGAUUUUUCCACACCUGGGCUGAUUAACUAUUUCAAAUUACCUCCUGUCCCAACUAACUUUAUUGAACCCGGGAAACGUUCUAUUUCUUCCACUAGUCCCAGUAUUAUUGUCAGUGACAAUGGUGACGUCAGGAUGGUUAUCGGUGCGUCAGGUGGAACCAAAAUUCCGACAGCUUUAGCGCAGGUCAUAAUGAGGCACUUAUGGAUGGAUUUAGGCAUUAAAGCAGCAAUUGAUGCUCCCAGAUUACAUAACCAGUUAAUACCCAUGAAUGUCACCUAUGAAGAGGGUGUUUCAGAGGAAAUUCUCAAGGGAUUGGAAGCGCUUGGCCACGUGAUGGAAAAAAGACCUUAUCGAGAUAGUGUCGUAUGUGCAAUCGUGCGUUUGGGUGACGAUAUUGUUGCAAAUGCUGAUUACAUAAAGAAAGGCAUUGCCGCGGGUGCUUGAAAAAUGAUGCUGAUUUUCUCUCGGACUAGAGAGAAGUGAACUCGAAGAAUGUAGCUAUCACGUUCUUCCCUUUGAGUUGAUUCUCAAAAGUGUUAUGUGUCUCUGCCAGCUGAAUCGAAAAAGACAGGCGAACACGCGACCCUCUGUUUUACAAUUAGCUCGAUUAGAGAAAAGUGUACCAGAAUUGGCGAUUCACGAGUUAAUCAUAACAGUGGCGUGGCGUGAAUUGCGAUAUAUCGAUUGUUCUGCCAUUUAAACCUACGGUAAAGAAUCGAUUAAUAAGGUGUUCGCUGCGAACACUCUGUUUAUCGAUCCUUUUCCAUACAUUUAAAUGGCAUAAAAAUCGAUAUAUCGCAAUUCACGCCACGCCACUGAAUGAUAAACAAGAGGGAAACGAUGAAUAUUUCGUUUGUUGUGCUCUAACAUAGGAGAGCCUCAAUUAACAUAAGAGAGCCUCAAUAUGUUGAUGAUCUACGGAUAAGGAGUGCAGGAGGGGAAACUAUUAUAAAUCAUUCUUCUUUGGAAUGCAUAAGGGAAAAAAGCUCAAUUUUCCAAUAAACCUGACGUGUUACCUAUAAAAUAGGAAAUGAGAAAAAAAAUCUUGAGUGUUUACAGAAGUUACUUAGGAGAUAAUAUAAAAUUACCUUUGUGUGUCAUAUAUUCUGAGAAAGGCUGUGAUUUUUUUCUUUCGUAUAUUUCAAUUUUUAUUUUAUGCUAAUAUUGUAUACUCUAAUGAUAGGUAAAUUGUUUUCUUACUUUUAUACCUCAAAAUCACAUGAUCAAACAUGUAAAAAUUAUCCGUGAUAUGUUGUAAAAUUUCAAAUUCAUAUCAAAGUUCAUUCUUUCAUUUGAUAAAUACAAUUUUGGGCAUAAACAUUUUCCCAUAUGAUGUGGAAAAAAAUAUACUAAAAAUGUAAAGGAGUCUGAUUAGCUGUAUUUAAAACUUAAUACAGGAGACAAAUCAUAUCUCACAUAUCUCUCCUCCCCCUCCCCCAAGAAAUUAUUCGUCAUGGAUUCUCCACCCCAGACUACACUUUUGGAAUACCUAGCUAGGCAUUCCCAAAUAUUUUUUGUAAUGUUUCGUCAAAAUACAUACCUAAUUUGAACAAUUCA